GCGGUAUGUGUGCGCCCCAGCUGUGCGCACUCGUGUAUGGCACAACAUUAGUUCCGUUGCUGCAGACAAAGUCCGUGCUCCGGAACCAGACAAUGUCGAGAUCAUAUUCCGUCGCGAUGCAGCUUUGGAAGGUUGCUUUGACGACCGAGUUCCAGCCGGGCAGAGCCAGGCCGGAUGCCGCGGGCUCGAAGGCGAUUGUGAUCGGGGCACUGAGGCGCAAGUUUGGAGUCGAGACGCACUGGACGGUUGCAUUCGUGAGGCAGUUCUGUGGAGUCAUUCCGAGCGAGUACGCCAGCGCCCAAUCCAAAUGCAACGUGCUUCCGUCUGCGGUGCACUGGAGAGCGCUGCGUGGGAACCAGGCCGUCUUCCCUAGUCCAUAAUCCAGUCCGAGACACAGGUCGAGCUCAACAUGAGUGAUGGUUGUGAUCUCAUACCAGCCUCCGUUGUCGUCGUGGGUGAUCUGCACCUCGGCUCCGUCCGUGGCCUGGCUGAGAAGUGCAC